GUCAAAGCAAAUUCAUGCCCAUGCUUACAGUAGCACUUGAACUCUCAUGAGAACCGCAGUGAUACUUGGAUCUACUUUUUUGGCACAGAGCUUUCUACAGAGGGAACUCAACCAUCAAAAUGAAGCAAGGAGACCUGAAGUGCAGUCAUCAAUGGCAUGAGAGUUUGAGAUGACUUCAGACAAACACUUCUCUGCUGGUUAUGAGAGUCAUAAGGAGUGGCUGCCGUGGUUGUUUCUCAACAUUUGCAACAUCAAAGAAAGAAAACCUAAUGGUUUGACGCUGGUUUGGACUUGCUAGCCUGCAGCUUUAUUCUCUUUCUUUCUCCCCUCAAGCUUUCUUCAUCCCUCUUUUCAGCAACAAUGGACCUGACCUUGUGGCAGUACCAGUUCAGGAUCAUCAUGCUGGGGGACUCCACAGUGGGGAAAUCCUCUCUGCUUAAGCGCUUCACUGAAGACUUGUUCCUGGAGUCCAUCAACCAGACAGUGGGUGUAGACUUCUACGUUCACUUCCUGGAGGUUGAGCCGGGCGUGCGCGUGAAGCUGCAGUUCUGGGACACAGCUGGACAGGAGAGAUUCAGGUCAGUGACCCGUUCUUAUUACCGCAACUCUGUUGGAGGCUUGCUGGUGUUCGACAUGACCAACCGAGACUCUUUCAACCACAUCAAGGAGUGGCAUGCUGAGGUGUGUGAGCGAGUGCAGCCUCAUAGGGUUCUGUUCAUCCUCGUGGGCCAGAAGAGUGACAUGGAUGCUGAGGGGGAAAGGGUGGUGAGUCGGGAGGAGGCUGAGAAACUGGCCGGACAGCUUGGCGUGCCCUAUGCUGAGGUGUCUGCAAAAACAGGCCAGAAUGUGAAAGAGGCCUUCGAGCUGCUCACCCGGCGGGUGUACACGGCUCUGAUGAACGGAGAGGUAGAACCGCAGGAAGGCUGGGAUGGAGUCAAAUGUGCUACACCACAGUGUCUGCAAAUGCAGAGAGCCAACCUGGCACAGCCUGACACACCACCCAAGAACACCAAGAAGUGCUGUGGAUAGUGUGGAUCACAUGACCAGAAGUCAGCCAUGCAGAGUGUUGUUACUGUAACACCAAAAAUGGAUUUACUGUGGAAUUUGACUGUAAUAACUGAACCCUCAUGAGACACUGAUGAUGUGAAAUGCAUUUUUGCACCUUCUUUUGAAAGCUUUGACAGUUUUGCAAAGUUCUGACCUUAGGAAAACUAUUUUUUGUAACUAAUGUUUUUAGGAAAGAUGCAAUCCAUCACGUUUAUCCAAGCUAAAAUACUUUUAAAAACUUAAAAAAUAUGAGAUGGACUGCAGUGGCAUUCUGCACAGACAUCUACAGUGAAAAAUAAGAGGAUUAUACUGUACUGACUUCGCUGAUCCCCUGGCUUAUCAUAGGACCACCAGCAGGUUGACAUUUGUUUUGUAUAAAAAUAUCUUGACAGAUUUACUGCUGAGGGAUUUACUCACUGGGUGUUGAAAUAUAAGAGCUCUCCACUAUCAUUUUACUGUAGCAUCAGGACAAAUUCAAAAAGCUGUUUAACUGCUGUACUUGGUGUUAAAUUAAAAAGUUUGUUCCAGGGGUGGAAAGGAACUAAUUAUAGAGGUGAAAAAGUACACAACCACCCAAGUCAAGUAAAAGUGCAGUUACUAGUGUUAAAAUUUACAGAAGAACAGUAAACGUAAUGGUCUAUAAAUCAGCAAAAAUCAUAAAACAAGGGAAAGACUCGGGAUGAAAUCCUGACUGGAAAGAAGCUACAGUUGUGUUUAUGGUUGUGAGCGGUGAAAGUACUAUGAUCCGGCUGGUGAUGCUACCUGGUCUGCUCGCCCUCAUUGCUUGUGGUGGGUACUCCAUCAGAGGCAUUACAACCUUGUUUGAUAUUUACGACUCAAGGUGUGGGAGACUAAGAUGCAAUUUGGAGCAGUAAAAUAAUUAUGUUGAACACCACACACGAGCAUUAUUCAGACAAAUAAUCAUUUGCAACAGACUCCUCUACGGAUACACCCAGUUGUCUGGGGAGGCAAAUCUUGCCUCAAAUCGGGGUUAGAAUCCUGUAGUGUGUGGCCAGCCUUAGGAACACCUAAAAUCCCAAGUGGGAAAUCUGCAUAUAACUUUACCCAUGGUGCAAUUGUGUCUCACAUCAAAAACAGCAAUCCACCAGAAACAUGGGCAAAAGAACCUCAGCAGGGAUCUGUGUACAACAGGCAACAUCCAAACAUAACUAAACAUAUCUAAAACACUCUGCCCAAGGGCAUGAUGGGAAACUUCUCCCACACAUCCCCCAGAUUUGAAAUCAUGGCAGGCAGAUCUUAGAUCAGUUGACUCAUUACAAAGAUAACACUAAACCGUGUAGAUCAAAACUGUUAAUAACUCAACACUAAAGACCUUCUCACUCAGAAUGAAGUUGAAAUUACACUUUGGGAUUCAAAACCAACUCUGGAGUUUUAACCCUGAGAACACUCCAGGUUUUGUUCUGUACAUCAGCUGUUUUAGGAAAUGAUGAAUCAUUUUAUUGCCAUGCGCUACUGUUUAGCAGUGAGUGUUGUACACAGGUAAAAAGUUCAGUUACUCUUGUUAAAACUUACUGAAGAAAAAGUACUGAUUUCAAAAUCUACUCUUAAAAUUACAUGUACUAAAAAACACUCCUCAAUGACCUCUGUGAACUGAUGACAUCACAGCUUUUCUCUGUUUAGAACACCGGCAGAAAUAAUCCUCCCAAACAGUUCAGAGGCCCUCCAAUCACAUGGCUGUGAACUUAAAGUCCCUGUUGCCUAAAAGUACUUAAGACAUACCCAAAAAGUGCCAGUGAACGUGCCUUUGAAAACUUGUAUUUUUUAUAUUUUUUUUCAACUCUGUACUUUUUAUAUUCUGCUUCAAGCACCAGUUUUUUUUGGUAAUUAAAGGGUGUCACAUACCCAAAGGUUUAGGGAAACUAUGCUUCAAAAGAUUUUUCUUCCAUUUUGGCACAAGUUAGAAAUACUUCUCAGUAUUGUUCUGUUCUUGAUUGGCAGUAUUUCUGUUGAACGCACCCCGGUUGAGAUAAGAAAUAUCAUGCUAGGUGGAUUUAUCUUUUUAGACAGACCAAAAUAAAGGCUCUGUUACACCACAAAUAAUUGCUAAGCGUUUUUGAGUGUUUUCAGGUGCUGGUGUUGAAAUUAAUCAGAAUAAAAACUCAGGGGCAUUGUUGAAUAUGACUACACAAAAUUGAUGUGGAAGGUUUCCAUAGCAAUUACUUUCCAUCUGGUCGAUGAGAAGCCUCUUUUAUUCCUGCAAUCCAAAGCCGACAAUUUACAGAGCUACUGAGAGACCAUCAGAUUAAGGCUUCCUUGAUAGGUUAACUUUUGCAUCUGCAGAUCAAAUUACAUCCUUAAAAAACUGCAAAUGAACAGCUACUGCACUGAUCUGAUUAUGCUUUGGACAUCCCUUGAAACGCCAGAACAAAAGUGGUCAUUUACUGUAGAAGACAUUUUAAUAAACACUGGGGUAUCAGGUGUCGCUGCAGACAAUCACUGUCAUACAGAAAAAAAUGACCACUUUCAAUGAAUGCUGAUUUUGUUGUAGAAGAUAAACAAAAAAAAAUAAAACAAUCUUGAUUGAUGUAUUCAGUACCUUUUCUCCAAAACAUUGUGUAUUAUAAUAACAGUGGUUCAUUUAUAUUCUUUCUUAUCACUGUGAAUAAUUAAAUUCUGGGGACUGUUUCUUCUACUAUAGCUGUGGGUAUUUUUUAAAUUUUUUUUUAAAGUUUCUACAUAAACUUUUGACAUUUCUUGACAAAACAGCAGCAUAUACCUAACAGGGAGUACU